AUGAGGGAGUUGAAGUCGCUUGUUUUGCCAAAGCUCGUCGAGGCCAAACGUUCGUCAGGAAUGGUACAGUCUGAGGUGGAUUCACGCGAGCGAUCAGAUUCCGUGGACACCUUAGCCUCUUUCCGUUCGGAAUACCCAUCGCCGGUCUCCCCAAUUUUCUCCAUCCGAGGUCAUGGUCGCUAUUCGAGCUCAACUUCAUCCUUGGCUUCUUCACCUACUUUACACGACCAAAGCGAUUCCUUUGUCUCUAUAAAGAGACCACUACCUGAUCUGCAAGAAGAACCCCACGAGAAAGAGGAUGCCCUGGAGAUGGUGAACGUGGAAGAGUGUUUUUCAGAGUGUUUCUGCCAUCAAUUCGAUUGUGAUCACCAUACAAUCACCUUGGAGACGGACUACGAUCUUGAUGACAAUCCGUUUGCGGAUGAGGGUACCUCAACUGUUAAGAAGCAGCAUGAGAUAGGGUCACCAUUGGCUGGACUUGCCACGCGAAUCAGUGAUCGCUUUCCAUCCUUCUCUCGGCGAUGGAAAAGCCGAAAGAACAAUCGAGAAACGCCGGCCGUGGAUGCCACCUCGGAAACUCCUGCUUCCCAGCCUAUUUCGAGCCGAUCAUCGUCCUUGACCGAUUCAAGCACCCAGCGAUUGAGCCAUUCCGAUCUUGGUUCACCGUUUACGCCAUCUGCAAGCUUCCUCGAGGAGAGAGUAGAUGAAGGGUCCGUCGCACCAAUUGACAUUGAAAGAGCAAAUCGCGACAGUGAUGUUGAUGCUGAGAACUUUGCCUCCACUCCGUUGCUGCCGCCGUUGAUGCUAGAAACCAACAAUGGAAACAUGUCCUCGGUGCAAUCACCUCUUCAGUCGCCGAGCGUCGCCGAUUCAAGGGAUGUGUACUCUGGUUGUAACACUCCCGUCGGAAUUCCAGGAACUCCGGGAAUGUCAUCGCCGUCCCUCUCGGCAAAACCAUCAAUUGCAUCUUUCCAAAAACAGCGCACUGGCCAGUUUACUCCGACGUCAGAGAUUGCGCCGAUUGUCAUGGCCGAUCCAAGCGACAAAUGGGCAGAUAAGCUCGGCCAUGCGAAUUUCCAUAUUCAGCCCGAACCCUACCUUCCCGAGUCUUUUGACCUCGAAUCUUGCAGAUUGUUUCGCGCGAGCUGGGAGCGCGCCUGCUGCACGUAUCUCAAACACCUAGUGCGCACUGGCGAGCACUAUGGUGUCACAUCCAAGACAUAUAAGUUAACCGAGGAGAAGUGGACCGAAAUUGACGAGGACUGGAAAAAGAAGAAUGAAAUUAUCGCGUCAAGAACACCGGAUAGCAUGGCAGGUACUUUGCUGAGCCCAGUUCAGAGCGCCACGAUGCCCUCUCCAGUGACCAGCUUUCCCUCGCUCAACGACCCACAUAGCGAAGGCAAGUUUCCUAAGCUAGGCGAUGAGGACAUUGUUGGUCCAAUGGUGCAGAUUGCGUCGCAACUUCAGCGACGACCUUCAAAGAAGGCUGUCUUCCUCAAGGCCGUGCAGGACAUUCGAGCCCCUGCCAGCGGCGUCAUUGGUCGUGUGCGAUCGGCUUCGCGUAGUUUCACUACAUGA